CUGUUGCAAAGGUAACAAGAUGACAGGCCGUAACUUCCUGUUUAUAUCUGUGAUAUUCCUGUUUUCCUGUGAGUAUCACAUAAUUAUAUUUAGUCCAUUUUCUUAAAUAUUUUGUUCUUUUUCAAACCGCUGUUUCCCUACAGCAUUGCUAAAAGAAAUAAGACGAUCGAGUUCGAAAGCCGUAUUUCAGUCCUUAGUAAAAUUCGAUUCGUGAAAUCACAUGUGGAAUAUAACUUUCAACGCAAAGAGCUACGUAUUUUUACCCUGAAAAAAUUAUUUCCAGCGUGCAAGACAGUACAGUCAACUUGUCAACAUGUCAACUUGAGCUAUCAGCGUCACUGGGUCCCAGAGCAGAUGAGAUGGUUAGAGAAUACGAACUCUACCCAGCCGAAAAGGGAUAUGAUUGGUCUUAUUAAUUUGCCCGUUCCUUGUAGUAUGCGCAGCACCACGUCUUUCUUUAUAACGCACUUGAUAAGAGAAAAUGAAUAAAUAGGCCUAAGAAAAUAUGGCAAGAAAAUGGCUUAAGAAAAUGACAGAACGCAGCAAAAAGCACUCUGAAGGCAUAAAGCAUACACUAGAAUGAUUAGUUCGCCUAAUCCAUUCAGACUGGGCUGGUUUUUGCUUCCGGCGACCGGCGGUCCGAGGGGAAGUGGUCAAAAACCGAUCACAUAAUACGGCCACCAAAGUUACACAGUCAGAAUAGUUAGCUCAUCAUUUCCAACCUCUUGGCAUAAAUUGAUUGACACAAUGUCGUAAUUUGACAUUAUUAUGACGUCGUAUUUGUUUGCAGAAUCCACAUUUUCCUCAAAGUAGCCAUAAAGCGAAGAAUACUUUUAAUAAAUAGUUAGGUGACUCUGAGCCUUUGGUGUAAGUACCCCAAAUAAGAGAGAAGGCCACUGGAGAGUAAGGACGUACAGGUGUCCUGCUUGUCCUAACUUCUCUCACGUGCACCGCUAAUCCAGCGCCUUAGUUUUUUCUUCUUAUUAUUAUUUUUCUUUAUAUAAAAAUCAUAUUUUUUUGUGUUAUAAACCCGAUUCAUUUUACGGGUGCAAGAGGAUGAUUUCAUACACACCUGGGAUGGUCUGUAAUGUUCUCGCUAAGGAAAAAAUAAUUCAAUCUUUUAAGUGACCAAGCUUGUCCGGUGAAGGUGGCCGAAUAUUGUAAUGGUAACAGGACUGAGUGGAGUCCAAUUCGGUUUGUAAUCAUACGAGUGAUUAACAAAAUUGGACGACCCCGUAGCGGGAGUCCGAUUUGUUUAAUCACGAGUAUGAUUACAAACCGAAUUGGACGACACAAGGUUCUGUUACCAAUUAAUCAUAACUUAAACAAAAUUUGUGAUAUAUAAAGCUCUUUUUAAAAUUAAAACACAAGAAAUUCCAAGAUUUUUGCUAGCAGUGAAAAAAAAAAGCCAUUUAAGCGCGCGGGUGAUGGCACGUACUAUCCAAUUACUUAGGCAUGAUGCGCACUGUCCAAUUAAACUGUCCUAUUAAGGCUGAAAUCAAGGCAGAUGAUAGCCAAUCAGAUUUGAGAAUUUUGUUAUAGUUAUGAUUAGCUAUAUAAUUUAUUUGCGUGUAGCUACUAGUAAUACUAUUUAUCUCCCAAUUAGAUCUUAAAAGUCGUUUAUACUGAGAAAAAUUUCCCGCAUUUUUGAAGAGGAGACGGAGCCCUCAUGGUUGCGAAACUUAUCCAUAACACCUUCUUCCGGCCAAACGAAAAAUUACCCGAUAAAACAUAGCACGACUAGUUGUUGAAAUCGAGACAAUUUUGCCUACUGUACCAAAAAUAAUUCCACACUUAUAGACGAAAACUGAUUAAAGAGCUUUGGAAACAGGUUUAUAGCCAACUGCAAAGGCCAAAUUCAAGUUAACAAAAUGUCGAUUGAAACUCUCAAAAUAGGAAACAGUGAUUCGGAUCAAAACUGUCCAAAACUGAUUUUUAUCAAGAGAGGAUAAAGGGGACAGAGAAGGGAUCCUCCAUACACACCUUAUUCCAUAGGUAAUUCGUCUCGAGUUAUUUUUUAAGACCACAGAUCCCAAGGGGGAUUAGACAACAGCCAAUCACAUAGCGCGAAUGUGUUCCGCGUGGAUGACCCAAGCUCAGAGCCACGCGUCCUUCACGAAUUGAGGCAGAAAAAAAUGGCGGAAGACGCGGAAAGCAAUAUUGCUAUUCGUUUUGUCGACGAAAACGACUGAAGAGAGAUUUCUGCUAAAGCUGUGUCAUCGAAACGGAAAUUAAAAAAGAAUCGCCCUUCCUCUCCUGUAUAGAGCUAACAGUACAGCAGGGAAAUCCUUAACACACUGAAUAUUCUCUCAGGAUCGUUUAUAAUUUACAGUUUGAAGAGAGCAAUUUCUGGUUUGAUAUUUAUUCUUUUAUUAGUCUUUUAUUAUUCAACGAAAAUAACACUUGGUGUCCUAUAAUAAUAAUAAUAAUAAUAAUAAUAAUUUAAUAACUUCUAGAGCGUUAUUUACAUUCACCAAUCAACAGCGCUUAACAACUUAAAAAAACUACAAUAAAAUUCAAAUUUGUAAAACUUAUUACAUGUACAUGAAUAUUACUUGCUACUUGCUUUAUUGUACAAACGACCGGUUUCAAUAGACCGGCGAAAUUUCUCAUUUUAUUAAAGCACUGGGGUUACGACAAUUUCAAGUUAAACUGAUUUCAUGGGUUGUCAAAGAGUCGAGCGAUUCCCUUUUCCCAGGUGAGCACCGAUUCAUUUCGCUCCAAUAUUCAGGAAUGCUCUCGAUCUCUUUACGCUUUCAUUGCCUUUCGCCAGACAUAUUUUGCACGGCGUUUAGUCAUGCGAAACCUCCACGAAGCAUCCACGCAGCGCGCGAGCUAACUUUAUCCCGAUUCUAAAAAUAACUCGAGACGAAUUACCUAUGGAAUAGCCUGUGUAAGGGGGAUGCCUUCUCUAUCUCCUUUAUCCUCUCUUGAUUUUUAUGUGUAACCUAGUUAAGAGUAAAAAUAUUGUGAGUACUAAACUAGGGAAAACUUAAUCUCAUUGUAAAAAUUGACCUUUGUCAUGUUGUCAUCAGCACCGUAAACGCAAUUCUAUUCUUUUUGAGAUCAGUGGUUUGUACCAUGCAAUAUAUUGAAUGUCAUUGACAGUCUCGACAUGUCUACACAGAUGCUUCGACGACGCUUUCGAGAGAAACGGCAACAACUACACAACUAUCAUCAGUGUCAUCAACGUCAACAACAACAUAUUUAUCAACAACAGCAACAUCACCAGUAAAAUUACUAGGAUCGCUAUUAUCAUCAAAAACUGAAACACCACAGUCAAAAGCAUCGUUAUCGACACCAUCAACGCUUUCGUUGACAACAAAAUAUUUACCGUCAAAAAAAACACAAAGACCUUCGACGUCCGCGGCGUUGGUGAGUUAUGGUAAAUUGCUGAAUAGCUUGUAAAGUGUUUUAACCGCUAGCUAGCCUGUUCCAGAAAGAGGGAGAGAGGAGGGAACGCUCCCACUCCCUAAGGAAGAUCAGUGUACUGUUUCUAUAUUAAAAUACUUGAUUUUAUUAGGUAAGAAAACAGCUUUAAAAAUAAAACUCUUAAGAAAGGGGAUGGUGAGUUUGACCCUCUAUGCAAACGACAUUACGAAAUAAAAGAGCAAAGCUAAAUCUAAACGCUAAAGGCCUUAAACCCAAAAAGUAUAAACAAAGAAUCGAUUUAAUGCUUGUGGAAAGGCUGAUACUUGCAAAACUCGACUACACCUGUCACAAUCUUUCAUCCCUUGCCCCUAGAAAAAGCGCCUUCAAGGACUUACAUAAUUAUUAAGGUCGAUUGGCUCUGGUUCGAUCAGUGGUACUCUUGGUAAGUUCGAAAAAGUCCAGUUAAAGGAUAGAAUUCUCUGCAUUAUCUCCAGAGUUAGCCAUUGAUUCAGUGAACGACAGAGUUCUUCAUAGCUCAUUUCUCCACGCUUUUGCUCCAAGGCCAAACGUGAGGCUCUUCUUUGGACUUAUUUUAAGAUUCCGGGUGUCCUUGAUCCAGUACAGGCUCCAGGCUAUAUAUGGCGGCGCAUUAGAGUGUCUUGAAGAGGCAAGAAAACACCUGCCGGAUGUCACUUCCAAUGAGUCGAUUGAUGACUCCUAGGCUAACACUUUUUUCGCCUUUAAUUGUUCACUCUGUAGAAGACGUUCAGGUCUUUGACGUUUUUGACAGAUUUUAGUUGUCCUUGCUCCUACUCAUGCUUUACUAGACGCAUGAUUUCUCGCUUUUUUUUUUUUUUUUUUUUUUUUUUUUUUUGUAGUGUCGACGAAGGGGCUAUGUAAUGAGGAUAUUUACUGUUUUAGAUUCAGGUCAUAGGAAUAAUUCGUAUACGAGAUAUCGGAAGAAAUAUUUCACCCAAACUUAUAGAGAUUUGUAUGGAGACGCCAUGCUGGUGCUCACCUGGAUCAUCUUCAACAUGGCGGACGGAAACCAACAGAAACUUCUGUUACCGAGUUUUGCUACAAAAGCGUGAAUUUAUUCUUCGAGAAACUCACAAACAUUAAAGUAAUACUUUUUCUAAUACAUGAACUGUUUAGAUAGCAAAAUUUCCUGAUACAAGUCAUUUUUUUAACCUACAUGACAGCUCUCUUGGCCGUCAUGUCAUGCCGCGUCACGCAAAAGCUUAUAAAUUCAAGCGUACUCUAUCACAAAACCAAGAACUUCUUUUGAAGCAAAAAUUUGUAUGAAAAUUAGUUUUCUGCUGCUCUAAUGCAUCGUGAAAGUAAAAUCUCGGUAGGAUCGAUAGUUUUUUAGUUUAAAUUUUAGUGACGUCAUGUGAAAACCAACAAUACAUUACUUUGUAGGUAUCUCCAUUAUGUCUAUGCGUUUCAUCGCUUGGGGCUCUCAAUGCUAGCAACGAAGAUUCCUUACAGGUGAAAGCCUAAAUAAAUAUGUUUAUUGCAAAAAACUAAUGGCCUGUUUACAUGGAGGUGGGGGACCCCAGGUAGACGAGGUAACAUCAGCCGUUUUCAAUGUUCAGGCCUUUUUUUGCGAAAAUUCUAGCCCUCUUCAGUGCGGUUUCAAAAACGUAACUAAACAUCUUGGAAAUAUGUCAGAAAAUGCGAAAUAUCUAGGAAAACUGUUUCAGAAAAUGGUUCAGAAAUCGAAAAUCGAAAGUCGCCGAAUAUUCGAAAAUUCUAACGGACCUUCCUUCCGAAAAGAUAUUUACCGAAAUUACUCGUUGGAUACCCCUGGUAACAAUUGCGGCGGCUCAUCCCACCUAUCAUGUAAACGUGAUCAAAUUAUAAUAAGAGAUUCUUUGGACAGGGCGGCUACCCCACCUAAGCGGGUUACCUCACAUACCUGGGGUCCCCCGCCUCCCUGUAAACAGGCCCUAACUUGACGCCUAGGUUAGCAAAGGGGCUGUGUCACGGCUGUCUAGUUUAUGCUAAUAAUACACAUCCUUAUUCCCCAUGGAACUUGAGAAAUUAAUUGUAAAUGUCAAAAUCACAGCUUCGUGUCAGACAAAUAAACUAGUAAUAGUAUCCUAUUUACAUAAAUCUUGCCCGCGCUCCUAUGCUAAGUGAUGGAUAAAUCUGGCGGCCUCUUCCGAAUAAAGUAUACAGGCCCGAGAAAGUAUGGGCUGUGAUGGGGUGAGAAGGGAGAAAAACAAACCAUCCGAAAGAGGUGCCAUGAAGUGGAGAGCGGGCAAGGCGAGGUGUAUGGCCAUAACAACAACCUGUGUGUAUUGUCUCGAAGAUGAUAAUGAAUGCAUGGUGUACGUGUCUUAUGUCUUGCUUGGGCAAGAGAGCUGUAAAUAGUUGACUCUACAGCUGCCCCCGCUCCGUAUAUUGUCGAUUUUUUUUAGGAGGGAGUGCACUCGUCUCUUGCUCUACUUCAACACCAAUAAACCACAUAGUUUUUUUGUUUCUUUUGCAGAAUACCAGUUGUAUUAGAAAACCGCAGGUCAUCUCAUGGGGGGGCACACCCCUGCACCCUCCCCCUAGAUCCGCCCCUGUUCUUGCUCGUUGUUUAGCUCUUUGAAAUAUACCGAUUCAUAAUGAAGAUUUUCACACACAUUCCAUACAAUAGGUGAGGUAAAUACAGGAAACGCAAGGUUCCAUCUACUGUCAGACAGCCGGGGGUUUCAGUUCGAUUUACACAUAUCAGCUUUGAUCAAAACAUUCUCAGUUUCGAGAAUAGUUUAUUCUAAACCAUAAGAAAAUAUUUAAUUAAAAGUUGAAUUUUUCGCUAUUUCUCCUUCACUUUUUACAUUCAGUUCAUUUUAUUUGCCGGAAAGUUAGCCUUAGAAAUUAAAAGGACGUUUGAAUAGAUCAAUUCACGCUCGUGCAGUCUAGUCUUAUUUGAAACUUUAUAGCGGAAGGACAUUUGUGAGCAGGGAAUAAGUCAACACAGAAUUUGAUUGUCGGCGAAUUUUUGUAAUCGUCCAUCGUUCUGCUAGUGAGAAGCUAGCCGUUGUUCACUCGUCUUGCUUGUUUGGGGCUGAGUCUUAUUCCGGUCAAAGAGAGAGACAGUGUCUGGCAAGGUUUCCAAUCAAAGAUUUGUGUCUCGCAAAUUCUGAUCUCCAAGGGUUUAUAUAUACACAGUUAUACGCAACUUAUAACUUCAUCUGCGCUUAACGAGUGUCUUUUGGUCCAUAACUUUCAAAACAACUGCUCCACAGAAUGUCACUGAUAACACGUAGCGCAAAAGAGAAUCCAAGUAUGACUGCACAAUAAAUGUCACAAAAUCUGACUAAGCGGUCCCUUCGGGAUUUUCUGUCUUUACGUCAUCCUAACCAUUUCGUACUUGCGGGCGCAAACAAUAGAAACAUCAUCAUUACCUACCGAUUCCUCACGGCCCCUGGCUGUUCGAGCAAAUCGAGGUUUUUUCUGGCAUACUGACUGUAUAUUUCAACUGUAAGUACUUCCUUUAAUAUACGCGCGAGUUACUAGUCGAGUGCCUCCUAGGGAAUUUCGCCUUAUGGGCGAAAUCCCUGCGGGGGAAAUUAUGUUUCCCAAGCGUUGCUUCCGAUAAAAGACACAAAAUGAAUUUUGAACCUAUUUUUGCUACAACUAAAAGCAGAGAUAUUGGGUACAACUAGUGAUGAUUGCAAAUUACGGGAGUGCGUUCGAUGAAGAGGGGCGUUAAGGUGGUGGGUAGUGAGAGGUAGUGGGAAGGGGGUGCAAAACCUGAUGGGCUUGGCAUAUUGAGAAAUCAAAAUCAAACACUUUUAUCAAUACGAAUAUCAGUAGCUGUCUUUAUCAGUGUUAUUGUUUAUCCUCCCACUUAAUAAUUCGUUACUAUUUCAUUUUUCCUCAAAAAUGCAAGAGCGUACUGUACUUUUUACAUUUACUUGGCUAAACCUCUAAGUAAAGUACAUGUGACCCUCAGGAUAUUCCUUUGCACUCUAGAGUGGUCAAUAUAAUUGGCUAAAAAUUGGGAUACGGUAAAAUGAAAGUUAUCUGAAAAGUUUAAGCGUCGAGUAUCACUUUAAACCCGGACACUAGGCUAACACGACUCUCAAUUCAACGCACGGGGAAUUAGCGAGAUGAAAACGUGAACGUUUCGCUGUUCAACUUCUUGUAUAUCUUUCAAAAAUGGUGACAAACAAAAGCAAAUACAACGAUGUAAACAUCUUUUAAAAGCGAAAAGAUGUAAUUUGUAAUAGAAUUAAAUAUGGUCGAUCUAAGCUGAUCUUGCUUGAAUCCAUAAAACAAAUACAGUGUGCAGAACGCAUUGUUAACAUAACAUCUACAUAUCCCAUUAUCUUCGAAUGAAAAUUUUCCUAUUAGUAAAAAAACUUAAUUGAAAACUGCGAGAAAAACUAUAGACAAACCUGUAGUAAACAGAAAAUCGCCAACGUUUCAUCUGUGAACGAGUGUCACAAAAUGGAUACCAGCUCCCGGGUGAGAAAAAGUGAACACAUAAGAUCGAGGCAAAAUGUGCCAGGCCGGUCCAAGAUGGCGUCCAAACCGUGCCGAGUGAUCGCAUGGAAUACAGAACGGUUUCUACUUCAUGUACGGUACACAAAUAGUAAGCGUUCUCCUUCGUCGAACGCAAAUAUUUCCUGGUCAAUUAGUUUUCAAUUUUUAAUUGUAUAUUUGUUUUAAUAAUUCUUUUUUUUUCUCUCGUAACUAUUGUAUGCACGACCCCACCUGCAAUGCUGAUCUUCGUAUCGUGUUAAAAUAAAGUUCCUAUUUAUCUAUCUUAUAUGUUUUGAGUGGUUAUUUUUAUGUUUCCCUCAAUUUAGUGGCAGCUCCCUGACUGAUUGAAUUUUGAUAAAUUCCUUGACACAACGCCCUUAAACAUUGACAAGGGUACCCAACGUCAAUUUUCGGAGAAUAUCUGUUCGGAAGACGAUCUGAGAUCUAGAAUUUUCGGAACAUUUGCUGUAAAACUUCUUGAUUGCCUGCCUCCCCUAGGAUUUUCGAACAUCUGCAAAAUGGUAUAAUUGCCCAUUUUUAACGGACUUUUACCCUAAAAAGGUCACCUAUAAUUUUCGGGAGCCUUGUUUCUGGCUGAAAUUUUCGAAAGGGUAAGUUUUGAUCCUAUAACUUUCGGAUCGCUAGACUUUCAGCUAGGAAAUCCGAACAGAUGAAAAAUUGUUAGGGGAUAAAAAUAUGCCUAUAUCUACCGUUUAAAUACUAAAAUACGUUUAACAAUGCUAUGUUUAAGUGGUUUUCAACUAUAUUCUCGUUGGGUGCCCCUGCAUUGACUCAUUUAUGUCGCCUAAAUAUGUUACGCACGCAUCCAAAUAUUUUACCUCCAUUUUUCGAGAUGAGUUUUUAACAAUGAAAUAAUAUUUAAAAUUGUUAAUAACUGAUCAAUAAUAUAUUCGGUAUUAUUCUAACAGAAAGUGACCGAUAUGCGUUAAUUCACUGGACAGAUACAUGUAUUUGAUAAGGUUUACCAUAAACCUACAUUCAUGAUAAAGUAGAAUGAUUCCUCUUGAAGUAUAUGUCUUCCAGAUUUAAACCAUUUUCAUUUUCACUCGAUUUCACAGAAAGCAAUCGAUUUGAUCAGCAAUUGUCGGCGAAAUGAAAUUAAUAUACUGGAAGCCAUUCACGAACUCGAAUUAUUUGCAAUUAAAUAGGGCAAGAUUCAUUGCACAGCGAAUAACAACACAGUCAGGAUUCAGCAAAAUUUAUUUGGUGAGUUUGGUGCUCUGUUUGAUGAGUCAGUUUUUUGUCAUUUUUAAUUGAAUACUCAUAAAUUUACAUCCAGCUUCAUAUUCACGAUCUUACGUUAGAUCUUGACACAAGAAAAAAAGGAACAAUAAUAGGCCUUUAUUUACUCUCUGCAGUAUUUAUAGCCCGGUGGUUAAUUUGUCCAUGAAUAUGUGAGGACAUAUUAACUAGAUAGCUAUUUACAGGAGUGGCCUAUACUAGAAGCUAAAUUAUACUACCAGGAAAUAAAUUCAGCUGGUCUUUAGGGCCCGACUUUAUCUUUAUUUGUUGCCGCCUGAUUUUCAGUGCCACAAUCUGACGACUCGUAGGACACACUAGUAGCUUUAAAAAUUUGCUUGCUAUAAAUGUUUUUGCCAAGAAAAGUCAGUAAAAUUGCAAUAUGACAUCUUUCGAAUAUUGUAAUUUUAUUUCACAGACAUGUUUCACUAGGAAAGCUUUUUGUUGCAGUCAUGGUUAUUGCUUUCAAAUUGGUUUUGUAGUAAUGGAGAUUCAGAGGGUCUUGGAAAACCAUACGAACCCAUUCACUUGUUCUACAAGCAAUGGAACAGAGAGCAUUAUUAUUCCUUCGGAAAACUUAAAAGGACAAGGUAAAAGCGGAGUCGCUAGUUAAUUUUGAAUACUUGCACUUUAAAUGGCUAAUGAUUUAAUAUAUUAUUUUAUUAUCUCUUUCCCACAGGACUAUUCAGAAUUAAUUUACACGUUCUCAAAAAUACACGAAAUAAUGAUAACUGGGCGAAAUAUAUUUGUAAUGGUAGCGGAACCAUGAUAAGGAGGACCUCCCUUUUUACCCUCCCCUUGAACCAUUAAACUAAUUUUUUUUUCUUGACCUGCACUUUAUUCUUAUCUCAGACACUGUCACCGUAUGCACAUUUUUUCAUGAUGAAAUCAAGCAGUGGAUACCUGAUGAAAAAAGAAUUGAAUUAAACGGGUACGGUUUACCGGGCUUUUCAUCGGUAACCGGUCGUUCCGGUACAAAGUCGUUUCGAUAAGAACUCAAGCAGUGAAAUUGCGCAAAAAUUCCAAUAACUUCAAGUAUAGUUUGCGCGUGAACAAAAAAUAACAUUUGGGGUGAAUAUUCUUCGUUCAUUAAGCCAAGUACCUGAAACUAUUUACAACUCGACUGAAUAAACUCGUAUUGAAACGACUUGUAUCGCGAAGACUUUGCAUCGAAACUACCGGUAACCUUUUCAUCUCUUACAUAUAUUUGAGGGCUGAGAAACUCUAAAAAGGAAUAUAAUAAAUACGUUAAGGGUUGAGAGACGCGUAAAGACUCUUUGUCACUUUCCACAAUGCAUUGCGGUCGCUCUAGAAUUUUGUGGUUCGUGAAAAUCUUUAGCCACAGCGAAGGUAGCACGAAGAAAUUAAAAAUCCGUCUUCAUCACGCAGUUUGGGUAUUGUCACAGCCGAUAUUUCAAUGUUAUCUUUAGAAAGGAACUCAGUUUCACCAGAGCGUUAUUGUAGCAAUUCUGCACUACUCAGCAAAUCUAGUUUUACCUCUUUUGUGUCUUUCAAAAUUCCGCAGCUGAAAUGUGUGUAUUAUUGAAAUGCAAAAUAGCAGGUAGUGACAUGUGUACAAAUAUUGGAACACCUGACAUGUAAUUUCAAUGGCCACUUCACCUGUCUCUUUGUUAGACGAGAACUAUUUUACAUUUCAAAAGAACAACUGUUGUGCUGUAUUUAUUCAGCAUGAUUUACAACAUGUGUUUUUCUAAAAGUCCAGGAACCGAAAUAGGAAGUAUUGUACUUUCACCUUAAAGGAAAAGUCUUUUAACCAAUCGAAUUGUAACGCGUUGAUCAGCUAGCACGUGUAUUUUUGAAUAGGUUUUUGUGUUCCUUUGUGAUAAUCGAACUCCUGUGUUUACAGUAGACUGUUUAAGGUAGUGCUUAAACACAGGAAAAAAUAAAAGAUUCCCAUUUUUGGAUAUUUUAGGGUAUUUAGAGAAUACCCACAAAAAUCCCAAAUUUGGAAGAGUCAGUCCCAACCAGGGAACUUGGUUGGGAAUUCCCUGGUUGGGACUUGUCUCACUUUGCCAAAUUUGGGAUUUUUGUGGGUAUUUUUAAAUACCCUAAAAUAUCCAAUAUUGGGAAUCUGUUAUUUUUUCCGGUGAAACUGUUGUAAAUUGAUUGCCUAGCCUGCGAUUACCUGCAAUUACAUGUGAAGUACUAUCUACGAGGUUUACUCUACAAGAAGUUGCAGCAUUACAGUGAAGUCUCAGUUCUUGUCCAACCUCCGUACCUUGGGACGUGGAAAUUAGACCCUGUACCUCUGGCAGUAGUAACGAGUGCCAGCAGCGAGCCAGUCACUCUACCGAAUUGCAGUUUCCCCCGUCAAUAACUUCCAUUAGCAGAUCACUAUUUGCUAAUUCUCGCGCCCUUGCGAAGAGCUUUAGGGAAAGUUCAUUUAAUAUGACAAGGGGGGAAUGAAGAUAUUGAAACUCGAAGCUUGAAAUUUUAGCAGCCCCCUCGCCAGCGGUUCAAUUUUUAGGAGCCCCUCCUUGGUAGUCGAAAAAAUUUCAGAGCCCCCCCCUCCUCCUUCAAUUCCUUUGCUCCCCUGAAAAAAGAUCGCUAGACUGUAUUAAAUAUAUUUACCGUUAUUGUCUUCAAUGGUUUAUACUAUGACAAACUUGAGAUACAGUUGUGAUACAAUUUUCUAAAGCAUUUUUGGGAUGAACAAGAGUGUAAUAAUUACUGAGACUACAUUUGUUAUAUCUGUAAACCACGUGAUAUAGCUGAGUUGCACAGGUUAUUAAAUUGUUGAGUUGAAAACCAUCCGAUCUGUAUGAUGAUGUCAUGUGUUGGUUUUGAAGUAUACAAAUUUUCGGAGCCCCCCCUCCUAGCGCAACAAUUUUUUCAGAGCCCCCCCUUCGGGUGUCUAAAAUUUUCGGAGCCCCCCCUCAAUAUCUUCAUCCCCCACCCCCUUGUCAUAUUAAAUGAACUUUCCCUUAGUUCCGUUGUUUUCCUAGUUUGACUUUCCCGCCAAUUUGGUUCGACAGGCCGAAAAGCCGCUUGACGCAGUGAAUUUCCUCUCGUUACAGUAUCAUUUUGGCCACUUUUUUAAAAACAUGUAUAUGUUUACAGCACAGUGUACGUGAUUCUCCGCUUUGUGGCGUGGUGGGUGCUAAUUUCAGUUGCUACAAGUAUUUGUACCGUUGUUAUUUACAUUCAAGAUCGAGGUUGUUUCAGCAGUUUUGCAGAUAAUAUAGGUAUGGUUUAACAAUUUGGUCUUUUGUGUACAUGAAAUACCUUCAUUAAACCGCUUUUAAGUUAUCCUAUGUCGGCGAACGAAUAUCGAAAUACUUCUGAAUAAUUUAGCUGUUGUCGCAUGUUGACUGAGCAAGUUGCGAUUUCUCAUUGAUAUGUGACCGAUUGACCAGAACUGCUAUUUAUGAUGGACAGAGUGUAAAGCAUAGAAAUUUUCUUCUCUUGCUAAAAGCUUUUUUCGCCGUGAAAAUAAAAUAAAACUUAAAAUAAUAAAACUUUUCCUAAGGCUGAUUUUGUUGUUGUUGUUGUUGUUGACAGCAACUUCGCUUGCCAACGAAGCGCAUUGAAAAUUAUGCUCGGUACAAAAGAAUUUUUGCCUUCAACCAACAGAAAAUUCCUUGCGGUAUCCUGGGUCCAGAGGUUUUAUUUUUGUUCUCAUCGCAAACCUUUGCUUUGAAGAAAGCACACAAAAUAUUUCCCUGCUUCUCCCCGCUAAUGUUUUUGUUUCAGUCUUUUUUUCGAAGGAGGAGAAAAUGAUCUCGGCGACAAGUCUGAUGGGGAACUGGAUUUUAAAAUCCUUAAAUAUUCCAACAGGGCCGCUUUCUUGGACUAAACAGACACUGACUACCGAAAUUUGAAACGUGGCGUCCAUUUCUUCCUCGAAAGGAGAUGUCAUAAUUUCUCCCUCCAAGAGAUCGCAGCGCGUCCGUUCAAAUCAAAAUAAGCAAUGCGAAAUGUCUCACUGGAAGUGACAAAAGGAUUUAAGAGAAAUUAAUGAAAAAAAUAUUUUGCUCUAACUCCUUACAAACUGGUUAUCACUCACUUUCACGAAGAAAAAUGGAGCAACGAAACUUAAAGGGAUAAGUCGUAUGUAACCUGAUUUUUUCAGCUGCUGCUUUUAAAAGACGUCAUUACACUGGAAUUUUCCAGAGGGAUUUUUACAAUAUCGUAAUCAUUCGUUUCUCUUUGUUUAUUUAUUUAUUUAUUUACAAUUUUUUUUCUAACAGUGAAACUAUCAUGAAGUUCACGCUAAGUAAUAUAAUAGGCAGCACAGUAGAUCCCAGGCCCCAGGACGACGUCCUUCAGAAAAACGUAACAGUUAUAUUACUUUAUCAAGGGGUAAGUCCACUUGAUUGUAAGUUAAUUUAUAACUGUGAUGAAAAACACUUCCUAUAAAAAAGAACAUGCUAACAUCUCUCCACUGUUUUAGGAUUUUCUUGCUUUUUCUUUAUAACCCUGCAACACUUUGGAAUCAAAGAAAACUCAGAUAAUGGAUUAAAACAACGCUGAAGUCUCCACGUUAUAAUCCCUGAAGACGUUGUGAAAUUAGGCACUUACUUUCUUACGUGUUUUUAGCAGCAAGUUUAAAAACAUUUACGACGCCGACGAGUCAUUCACUUUUCUUUGAUUUUUGUUAGUUUUUAACCUGAAAUUUUAAAUGCCUUUUCUUAAGGUAUUGGAGGUGCAUUGUGUCUUUUGGGAUUUUACUGCCAAGCGGUAAGUGUGACAGAAUUUUCAGUAAGCAACUAAAAGGACUUACCAGCAUCAGGGGUUAUUAGUAUGAAUUGAUUCAUAGUCAUUCAAGUAGAGUAGACAAGAAAUAUCUCGCUAUCGACUAGGGUUGAUAAAAUGCUGCCCUUUAAAAUUGGCCUUGCCCUUUAAGGUCUUUUAUUAAUUAAGCAGAGUCAUACUCAGGAACUAUAUCAUUGCAGAUCAAAUUUCAACGGUUCUUGGUCACGCAAAGGAUGUUCAGUUGUCAAUAGAAACAAAACGGAAAUCACAUGCACCUGUAAACCCCACGCAAACACUGCUGUUCUUAUGGGAGCAGACAAUGAGGUUAGUUGAAGCAGCUUGUACCUAGCCAGUAUGAUGCAAACCGAUCGAGGCACUUGCCUCAGUCAUUUUUUUUUUCGGGGAAAGUAAGUUUUUUCUUUGAAGGAGAAAGAAAGAAACUAGCAGCAAAUAAAUUCACAACAGUUAAAUAAAUAAAAAAAUGUUAGCGCUGCUGCGACUUGGUUUUAUGUUUAAUGAUAAUGCGAAUCAGGCAGUGGCCUGAAUUACAGAUGAGAAAAAUUAAGCAAAAGUUCAUGCUAACCAGGCAGCGGUUCCCAAAAAAAUUGCCUCGUUUUAAUGCGUUUGCGCCAUUCCUCGCGUCUUCUUUCUUCUCUUGCCUGAGUGUGAAAAAUCUAUCAAAAUGCAGCGUUAUAUCAACAGUCGGAAGCUGUCGUGCGAGCGCAGCUUUAGCGCUCUCUGCAGGUUGAAGACCUGGUGCCGUUGAUCGACGGGCUCUAACAGGCUGAAUGGCCUUGCAUCUGAGACUACGUCCACAACGAAAUCCCUGCGGACCCGCUCGAGGUUCUACACUGAGCGAAAGGAUGCUAGUAGUAAGCAACUUCGUUGUUUAGACAAGAAAAUCCUUAAAUAAGAACGGCCGAGACCAGGUUUUUUCUGAGGCUGCGAGACUGAGCACCCCAACAAACCCUUGUUUUCAAGAAACUGCUGUCAGCCAAACCUCGUUUAAGCCGUUGUUAUCUAAGGCCUUUCUAUAGAAACAAACCGCAAAGAAAACACAUUAAUUAGCCGCAUACUAGAAACCAGAGCCUCUAAAGUAGCAUUUAAAUACCCCCCCUUUCCCCCCCCCCCCCAAAAAAAAUUGAUACCUUGAUCUCUCUAUCUAGAUGGCCUUUAGGGCUCUUCGAAGAAUUUUUGUCAAAUAAGGUUUGGUCCCAGUGUUUUGUUUAAACGUAGUCAUCAUUAAGACCCUUAAUAGCCAGGCGGGGAAUUCUUGAUCAUCCUCAACUUGGAUAUUGUCUUAGUCCUUAUUUUUUCCUGGCUAUGCUCCUGAUUUUAUAAACUCGGCUCGAGUAAGAACCGAGAUUUUAAUAACCUUUUAGGCUAAAAUUUGCUAGUUAGGCUCCCUCUAUCAAGAACCUGUUAAGCCUAAAAUGUGAAACAGGUUCUAUAAAUAAUUCUGCCAAUUUCCAUACACUGCUAUGUUGUUGUUGAGCUUGCUUCCAUGGUUGAUAUAUCGCAAGAUUUAUCGCUCCAGCUCUAGAUCAGAUGUACUUGCGAUUUAUAUCUAUACUCUGUCUGACUUAUCGCAGACUUUCAGAGAGGAGGAUGUGAAAAUAUAGAUAUCUUCCAUAAAUUCCAAAAAUUCAAUCUAUAGUUGAGCUACAAACUGCUAUUUUACGAUACUAUUGUAUAAGAGUUUAUAACUGUUGGAGCUGAGACAAGGCCCGAUUACAAUACAUGUAAAAUUACAUUCAGGUUAAAAUUCAUGUUGUCAAUGCUUCAGUUUUUCUUCUUAAAUUGAUUUUUACAUAAAUUUUAAUUUGAUGUGCAGAUUUGAUAUAAAGAAUAAACUGAAUGCCUCUAAUCGUUUCAAUGUAUUUUUUCUUCAGAAAAUAAGAACUUAUUUAAGAACCUCAAAUAGCCUAAAUUUGUGCUAAUUAUACCAUUUAUGUAAGAACCUGUUUGGGCUAAAUUGGGAAAAUACGGGUUCUUACUAGCGGGUUUUUACUGUACCAUGAAUGUUAAAAUAAAUAAGGGGAACAUCUACAAUCGUGGCGCCAAGAAUCCUUUUUCACAUUGUCAUUUAUAGUCUUGAUGACUCGAGUAAUAAGGAGGCUAUGCCUAUUUUCGACAUUUAGAGUACUUCUUUGCAAAAUAAUAAGGGGCCCUGACUCUUUCCAAUAUUUGUCUUCAUUGAUUUAGCGUAUUUACAAACAAUUUUAAAACUAUCUUUCCAGCAGGUUCCCGGGGAUCAUAAGGUGGCAUUGAAAGUCAUUACUUACGUUGGGUGUGCUCUGUCGCUCGUCGGAGAAGCACUCAGCGCUGUUGCAUAUUGCGUCCUCAUGUGAGUUACAAAUAAUAUACCGUUAUAAAAGAGCUCAGACAUGUACAUUUGGUUUUGUGAUAUCCGGAAUAAUCAAGGUCGAGGUAAGCGUUUUCAAUUCACGCAUCUUGGUUUCAAACGCACCGAGCAUAACGCGGCUGGGAAAGAGUGAAAACAAGAUUGUCGCCUGCAACAAACAGUAAGCGCUCGAACAGACUAGACGUUCAACAGAAAAACAUGGGAAUGUAAGAAGUCUAUCGUCCAAAAAGCGCUUUAAACAGAUUUUUCAGCACCAAAUGUUUAACCAUAGCAUAUUAAGACGUGCUUUGUUUCUAAACUAUUUGCAUUGAAUCUUAAUACUUAGUAAAUGCAAAAUUAUGACAAUAACAAAACCACAAGGGAGGGGGAGGGGGAGUCAGCCGCCCUCUUCACAACCCCUCGUAGCGCAUUUAGGCUCUGGAUUAGCUCGUCAGACUUUCAUUUAUGAUUUUAAAAUUAAGAAGCACCUUAACAUGGGAUUUUCCCGCUUUGAAAAAGAUAACAUGUCAACGGUGUUCAAUUAUUUUUUGCCUCGUUCAGGGAUUUGAAAGAAGACCAAACUCAAAUCCACUUAAACCUUGUGGUCGCCAUAGCGAUAGCACAAAUUACGUUUCUUGCUGGAAUUGAGGCCACAGAAGUUAUGGUAAGCUAAAGAUGUUAGUUAAUCAGAGGCACCCAACGACAGUUUUCUGUAAAAUAUCUGUUCGUAGAAGCACAAAUUUCCUAGAAUUCUCUAUACCUUGUGGAAGACUAAGAAUUUCUAGAUGACCGUUCCAUUCAUGUACUACAAUUUCAAAGCUUAUCCAAUAAAUUCCCUUCGAUUUUUUGAAGUUUAAUUUUUGGCAUUUUACCCACCAGAUUAAGCUAUUUUUCGCAGAAAAAGGAAACCGAAAAAAUUUCGGAUUCGAAAAUGCGAUGGAAAGAGAAAUCGGAAAAAUUCUCUCUUCUUCUCUCAUCUCAAAUUUUCGGGAAGAUAAUACUGAAGCCCUUGUAAUUUCGAAAAGAUUCAAGUUGCCCUGGGAUGACCGAACAGAUAUAAAUUUUAAAGUGCCGAUUAGAAUGUAUUUCUAAAGGUCUAAAAGUACUCUGGAUAGCCUGAAAAGUGCUUUCAAUGCAUUUAGGAGAAAACCGUCGUUGGGUGCCCCUGGUUAAUCUGAAAGAUGAAGAAAUAAUGAGCAUUUUGUGGCUUGGGUGAUAAAUUGAUUGACAAAACAUUUAAAAACAAAAAUCAAAAAUGAAAGACCGUUGGAUGUAAACGAGUUGAGUCUUAAAUAACGCAAUUUUAUUAGAUGGCGUAUUCCAGUGACCUCGGUUUUACGCAAAUGCGCUAAAUGGAAAGGGUGGCAAAGGGUGGGGUAGGGGAGGGGAAUACCUAUCGCGCAUUACAGAGUAAUAAAAUAAAAUAUUAACGACAUUAACAAGUAUCAGGAGCCUAUCCUAUUGUCAUGUGACUGAGGAAAUCAAAGGUAGAGGAACGAGAAAAAAGUGCAAGAAGUUGGUGUCAUAACUAUAUACUUUGUAUGUCUCUCAGUCUUCUUCUAGUUUCAAAUGAUAUCAACCAUCGCAGAAAUUUCAAAGGAAGAUCACGCGUCACGCGUUGUAAAAAUAGUAAAUCACGCCUUACGCGGUCGAUUUAAUUGACCGCUCAAGAAAAAUACCAUAACAUACCAUAAUGCUCUUUGUUUGUCACCCCAAAGUUUUGCUUAAGCAUUGUUCUCAGUUUUUCUUGGGGCCAUUUUAACUCCCAAGAGAAACUGAAGACAAUGCUUAUCCAAAAUUUUGGGGUGACAAACAAAUAGCAUUAUGGUAUGUUAUGGUAUUUCUGGAGUGGUCAAUUGGGUUCGAUCACGCGUCACGGAAAACCCCUUUGCCAUCCUAAAAGGAUAAUUUGGGAGGAAUGGAGUCUGAUUGCACUGACGUUUAACGGUGGUUCAACUCCUGUAUGAUAUUUCGCAAACAUGGCAGUCAAGUUUAUACUUUCACUUUUUAAGGAAAUAAAAAUUGUCCUUAAUAGAUUUUUUCGGCUGCUAUGAUUAUUAUAGGAAACAGGUAUGGGUCUAAGGUUACAUGGGAUCUAGAGAAGUGUUACUGACAGACACACGACACUGCCUUUACGGACUUGUGGUUCAGUGGUUGAUUGCUCUUUAGUUCUCUUUAGUAUCUUUGGUUUGUCUGCAUUGCAUCAAAUUUUUUUUUCUUUUUCCUUUUAUUUAUAUAUUUUUUGUGGGAUGGGGCAGGGGGUGAUAAAAAGCGUGCCGUUAUGGGCGAUGUGAUGACGGUGAAUCCCGUUUCUUUAUAGGAACUGUGUGUGUUUGUAGCAGCCAUGAUUCAUUACUUCUAUCUGGUGGGAUUUGCUUGGAUGUUAUUUGAGGGUGUUUACCUGUAUCUGAUGGUUGUCAAAGUGUUCAAUACGGUCAUCAGAUUGCGUUUAUUCUAUGGAGUGGCUUGGGGUAAGUAUUAAAGCAAAAGCCUACUACAGAAAAUGGCCCGUUGGUAGAUCUAGUCAAGAGGUCCUGACUUGUCAGUCCCUUCCGGGAUCAAAAGCAUUUUGUUAAUUGAUUCCUGGUUUAUCUUACUUUCCCUACGUACUUAGGGACGGACCAUUAGAAAAGUUAUUGGGGGAAUUUUCAAGCUUCAGGAGUUAUCAAAUUCCGCUGUAUGAAUUUUUUUUCAUCUAAUUUUCCCUUGCGCGAAUAUAUUUUUCGUACUUCGCACCGCCCCCCCACCCCCAAUAAGUUUUCUAAUGGUCCGUCCCUUACAAGGACUUGCAAAUGAGAGUUGCUAUUCAGAGGAACUUGUACCACACCACAGUUCUCAUAAGGGUGCUACGCUGACGUAGUUGACGUAACCCAACUGAGCCUAAAUUGUCAUUUUUCUCUCUUUCGUUUUCAAUCAAACCUUAGGCGUCUCCCUUUUGCUUGUGGUUUUAUCAAUCGUGAUUGCUUCCAUUCAAGAUGGCGGGAUAGAAAGCUAUGUUCAAGAUCAUUUGUAAGUAAACAAGCCAGAUCUUAAUACUACCGAACAAAACGGAGCAAGAAAAACUUGGAGGUUUCAAGAAUCUCUUUAUUUUUUUUUUUAUUAUCAUUUUUUAUUUAUUUUUUUAUUUUUUACAAAGUUGCUUAUGAAAUUUGCCCAAACUGCCGUUUUCAGAGGAAUUGUUAUAAGCACGUUCAUGUUACAGGCCUAAACAAUCGGUUUUCAAAGAAUUGAAAAAUGAGUCUUCGUAAUUUUUUUUCAACAUUUCCAAUUUUAACCGUCAAGUUUUAACAAGCAAUCCUUUCAUAGUAACACCUUAAUUUGGUAUAUUAUUUUUAGUUGCUGGGUUUCCUUCAAAAAUAACCUUAUCUGGACGUUUGUUGCGCCUGUUCUCUUAGUUUGCACGGUAAGAAUAAGAAAGUAAACAUGUUCCAUAAGUGAAUAAGUAAGUAUAAGAGAACAAGCUUAAAAAUGAUUGCUUACAGAAUACUGAAGCUCAUCUGUAACUGAUUAAAAAUUAAUAUAAUCAGCAAAUAUUUGCCAUGAAAAUAUAAGACAUAAAACUGAAAUUAUAAACGAUUCAAAUAGAAAAAAGGCAGAAUAUUUAGCUACCUUUCAUAUCAUAGGCUUGGUGGGUUACAGUAAGCCCAUAAAUGGACUGAUAGUGGCUGCCAGUGCCGCCCUUGUAUGCUGACGUCAGAGCUUACUGCUAACAUGUUAGCACAUAAAGUAAAGAGGACACGUUUAUUGUCCUCUCAUUCACGGCAUUUCAUUCAUUCAUUCAUUUGCGGGUAAUAAACACAUCUGGGAUUGAGCGCUGCGGUGGAGGGGAGGCUGUGACGUCAUGCAACGUGUGAUGUGCUUCAGGUGUUUCAUGCGUCCGAGCGUUGAUCGAUUAAAUAUAGAUAAUAUUUUAUGUUCUCAUUCAUUUAUUUAUUUAUUGAAAAUUAUUGUCAAGAUCUGAGAGAAAAAAAGAAACAGGGUCUUAAGUUUCUACCAUCAAAAAAUAUCUUAUUCUCAUGCAUUGUUUCCACGCAGAUAAACUCAGUUUUACUUGCUCGAGUGGUUCAUGAGAUUCUAAGAAUGCAAUCCGACAAAACAUCUCAUCUGGAAAGAGUUCGACAAGGAGUUAAAGCAUGCGUAGUUUUGUUUCCUCUUCUGGGACUGACCUGGGUGUUUGGUGUCCUAAGUGUCACAGAUGCUGGACUCGUAUUUCAGUACAUCUUUACUAUCUUCAACUCAUUGCAGGUAUAGUAAUAGAAAAUCCAACAUUUUAACUUUUUGAGUAGUUUGAGGAAACAGCCGACAUUUCGCAACGCGACCACUGGUUUCCCCAAGAAAUGACUUGGGGUGAAGAACGUCCAUACUGAUGACGUGUCACAACACAGAUGUGGGAAGUGCUUCUGAUUGGAUGAAGCAGAUUUAAUCAAUCAAAAGCACUCCCUAGAUCUGGGUAGUGACGCGUGAUCGGUAUGGAAUUUCUCCGCUAGUUUCUCCAACGUCGGGGAAACCAGUGGUGGCGUGGCACAAUGUCAGCUGUUUUCUCAGGCUAACUGACAGCGGGCAAGUUCAAAUUUCGGAUGCUUUAAUCAUGCAGCUAAUGUUCUUUUAUCAAAGUACUUAGCUCGGUGACGUUUUUGUUAACUCUUUCGUUCAUUUAUUCAUUUAUUUAUUUAUUUUGCAACACAAGCAUUCGAAGUUUACUCCAGACUUUGACAGUAGUGUCAAGGAAUGUAGCGAUCGAGAAAAUUAACAUGAACAUAGAAUAGUAGAGAUGGUAGAUGGUACCUAAUACCAUGUACUGCGAUUAACCAUUGACUAUGAAUUUUGCCUUCAUUUCUUCUUUUCUCUCAUCCUUAUGAAGGAACUUAACUUUCUUUUUUUUGGUCGAUACACACAUUUGUAGGGUUUGUUCAUCUUCAUCCUUCACGUUUUGAGAAACGGCGACGUACGUGCAGCAUACUCUAGAAAAAUGCAGAAGAGGAAUGCAGCAAAAAGCGUGAAAAACUCUCAAGAAAACCACAAUAAAUUCGGAUUGUGGUCAAGUAAAGUGACAAAUGAACCAAGUUGUACAAAAGAACCUUGCAGUGCCUCUCUAAGAUCAUCGGUUGGAGUAAAAAGCAAGAUUGACAUUGCCAUGCACGAGGAAAGAACCAUGACUGCUGUUGACACGUGA